CACAACCAAUGAUCAGAUGCCGUGCCGUGCACAAAAAGCCAACGCUCCCAGCAAUUAGUUUAGACGACGCAAAUAUAUAAAACCACGAAAUUGACCAUGUCAAGCAUCAGUUUCUCUGUCUCCCUCUCUUGAUCUCGACGCUUCUUGGCUAUCAGUCAGAAUGGCUUGCGCCUCUCCAACGGCACUCAGUCUCCCCCUCUGCCGUCUCCCAUCAUCCCGCACCAAUCUCUUCUUGCCCCAGCUCCCACCCGGAAACAGUUCAUCUCUUCGUCGCCAGAGUUCACCCCUCGUCCGGUGCUCCGGAGACUCUGACGUAUUUGACGCCAAGGUGUUCCGUAAGAACCUGAGCAGAAGCAAGAACUACAAUCUCAGAGGGUUCGGGCACCAGGAAGAGACUCUCCAGCUCAUGAACCACCAGUACACCAGUGAUAUAAUCAAGACGUUGAAGGAGAAUGAGUUCAAGUACACAUGGGGAAACGUGACUGUGAAACUUGCUGAGGCCAACGGGUUCUGUUGGGGAGUUGAGCGGGCUGUGCAGAUUGCUUACGAAGCUAGGAAGCAAUUUCCUGAUGAAAGGAUUUGGAUUACCAACCAGAUCAUCCAUAAUCCAACGGUGAAUAAGCGGUUGGACGAGAUGGAGGUGAAGAGGGUCCCGAAAGAGGAAGGGAGAAAGCAAUUUGAGGUAGUGGACAAGGGUGAUGUGGUCAUUUUACCUGCCUUUGGAGCUGCAGUGGAUGAGAUGCUCAUCUUGAGUGACAAAAAUGUUCAAAUUGUGGACACUACUUGCCCUUGGGUUUCAAAGGUUUGGAAUACUGUAGAGAAGCACAAGACAGGGAAGUACACUUCAAUUAUUCAUGGUGUAUAUGAUCAUGAGGAAGCUGUAGCAACUGCUUCAUAUGCUGGAAAAUACGUUACUGUGAAAAAUAUGGAUGAGGCAUCAUAUGUGUGUGACUAUAUUCUUGGUGGUGAACUUAAUGGGUCUAGCUCAACUAAAGAGGCAUUUCAGGAGAAAUUUAAGAAAGCAAUUUCUUCAGGGUUCGAUCCGGACAAAGAUCUGGUUAAAUGUGGGAUUGCAAAUCAGACUACAAUGCUCAUGACUGAGACAGACAGCAUUGGAAAACUAGUAGAGAAAACAAUGAUGCGCAAGUAUGGAGUGGAGAAUAUCAAUGACCACUUUGUGAGCUUCAACACAAUAUGUUAUGCGACUCAGGAGCGACAAGAUGCAAUGCUCAAGUUAGUUGAGGAAAAGCUAGAUUUUAUAUUAGUAGUUGGAGGGUGGAACUCAGAUAACACCUCUCACCUACAAGAGAUGGCAGAACUUCGCGGAAUUUCUUCGUAUUGGAUUGAUAGUGAGGAGAGAAUAGGCCCUGGAAACCGAAUAGCUUAUAAACUCAAACACGGCGAGUUGGUUGAGAACGAAAACUGGCUGCCUGAGGGUCCUGUGACUAUUGGUGUGACAUCUGGUGCCUCUACUCCAAAUAAGGUUGUUGAAGACGCUCUUAUCAAGGUGUUUGAUAUCAAGCGUAAAGAGGCCCUGCAACUAGGCAUAAUCUAGGUUAGGCAUGACUAGACAUAGUUCUUCGUGAUUCUAAUGGCCAUUUUAUGUGCGUGUUUGUGUUUCCCUCGAUGUUUGUGAGUUUGAUUGCUGCUGAGAUCCUUGUGGUAAUUGAGGCCGUUGAGCUUGCUUGGGUCCAGAAAUGGCAUCAUCUUUGGCUAGAGACGGAUUCCAUAUAUGUUGUUCAUCUUCUCUCUUUAUCAUCUAGUGGUGUUCAUUGGUAGUUUUGUACUUAAAGUUGCAAUGGGGCAACUGUCUAUCUCUCCAUAUAUUGAGAAUGUAACUGCUCAUGAUGAAAAAUCUUGGUGGUCCUCCUUUCCUGAGUUCGCUGUAGCGCCUUUUAGGCAGCUGGCUCCCUUUCUCCAAUGUGUAUGGAGGUUGUUGUUCUGUUGUAUUACUUUAGUUCGUCUUACUGUCAUUGUUCUGCUGUACAUCUACUUGGUUCUCGUCAGUUUUUUCAUGCUAGGAUCUGCCGUCACUGCAUGUACUCGGUUCUCUGUUCCAUUAAUAAAGCAGCCUUAUUUUCUUCUUUUCUUUUGAAAGAAAAGAAAGAAAGAAAGACUCGACAUAUUUC